AUGGCUCCUGAGACCGGCGCAAUGCCUUACGACCAGACCGCGCCUGACUCAAACUCUUUCACAAGCGCGUCUGAGUCCCAGCUGGCACUCCGUAUGGAGAAGCUUGGACUCUGUUCCCAAUUCACAAACGUCAACAAGGGCUUGGCGAAGCUGAUGGCGGCCAAAGAGAGGCUGUCCAAUGCUGAGGUUACCCAGGCCAUACAGGAGUGCAAGGGUACCUGGCCCGAGUUUGAGGAACAGAGCAACUCCGCCGUCCUCAGCAACAUUAUGCCCCACGUCACAGACGCCAUCUUCACCCAGAGCAACACCGUUCAUAUCACCCUUACAAACCUCUACGCCUUCAUCCAUAUUCUCAUUAUUAUGACCAAGACCAAGAACUAUGGAAUCUUCACGUCCUCCGACUGGGCGAAGCAUGUUCAGAGGGUCUAUAAGGUCACCUGCCUGAUCAUGGGCGGUGGCCUCGAGCCGAAUGAGCCUCAGCCGAACCCCUGGGAUCCCAUCUCAGACGAAUCACUCCGAUUCCUGAGCAUUAUGACACUCUCCACGAUGGAGUUUGUCGAAGAGAGUGAGAAGUUCGCCAGCAUGGUGGACUCCGUGUCUGCCAAGAUAUCUGAGUUGAGUCAGGGCGGCCAUGACGAAGACCGCUUCGAGAUUCGAGCUCGCGCAGAGAUGCUGUCUACUGCGACCCAGCGCCAUCGGUUGCAUAUGUCUACAGUCAUCGAUCAGAUGCAGAGCGACCUCAUCACCGAGGUCACCCGCCAGCACUACCCGGAGGCUUUGGUUGAGGACGAUGUUCCCGAGGAUAUUCAGGAGGAAGACGUUGCGGAGUAA